AUGCCUUUCAUCUCCAAAAUUCAGCGCCAAUCUGAUUACACUCUCUUCAGUUCCGACACUCCCAUCGUCAUCGACAAUGGCGCCUCGUAUUUUCGCAUUGGAUGGGCAGGAGAGACUCAACCUCGUGUUGUUUUUCGCAACAUUGUUCAAAGGCCACGCCAUAAAGCCAAUGGAGAAGUCGUCACUAUUGUUGGUGACCAUGAUCCAGCAUUAAUGAAAUACUUUGACUGUACUCGGACUGGACCCCGCUCAGCAUUUGACAGCAAUGUUGUUUACCAAUUUGAAAUGAUGGAAUACAUUUUGGACUUUGGAUUUGACCGAUUGGGAGCAACAGGGUCAGAGAUUGAUCAUCCUGUCCUGAUCACAGAAUGUGUGUGCAACCCAAUUCAGUCUCGUAGUAAAAUGGCAGAACUUCUUUUUGAGACAUAUGGAGUUCCAUCUAUAGCCUAUGGUGUUGAUGCGGCAUUCAGCUAUAAGUAUAAUCAGCAACAUGGUGUUUGUGAUAAAGAUGGUCUUGCUUUGUGUCCUGGAUUCAGUACAACUCAUGUGAUUCCGUUUGUAGAUGGGGAGCCUAUAUAUAAAGGAUGCUGUCGAACUAAUAUUGGUGGAUUCCAUGUGACUGAUUAUUUAAAGCAACUUCUUUCACUUAAAUAUCCUUGUCAUAUGGCUAGAUUUACAUGGGAAAAGGUUGACGACCUGAAGAUGGAACAUUGUUAUAUUGCACCAGACUAUGCUUCUGAAGCUCGACUGUUUCAGAAAAAUGGUAAGGAGGCUAAAGAAAAAACCAGAUGUUGGCAGCUCCCUUGGGUUCCACCCCCAACUGAGGAGCCUCCUUCUGAGGAAGAGAUUGCUAGAAAGGCGGCAAUAAGAGAGAGGCAGGGUCAAAGGUUACGAGAAAUGGCUGAGGCAAAGAGGUCUUCUAGAAUAAACGAAUUGGAAAAUGAAUUGCAUGGUUUGGAAUUUCUUCUAAAACAGCUCGAACAAGUUGAAGACAAUGAUAUUCCAUCUUUCCUAGCAGAGACUGGUUAUGUUUCUAGGCAGGAGAUAGAAUCUGCUCGCACUAAAGUUACUCAAUCCUUACGUAAAGCAAAAGGUGAACCAAAGAGUGAACAAACUGAAACUGAAAAGGCUGACCCUGGCACCAAUGAGAAGUAUUCUCUUAUAAACAUCCCUGAUGACAUGCUCUCCCCUGACCAGCUUGUUGAAAAAAAGAAACAGUUCUCACUGAAAUCCAUGUCAGACGGACGACAGCGGUUAAAACAGAAGCGUUAUGAAGAGGAAUUGGAGCGAGAAAGGAAACGACAGUUAGAGGAGGAAAAACGCCUAGAGAACCCGGAGCUUUACUUGGAACAAUUGCGUGCCAAAUACAAAGACCUUUCAGAGAAAGUUGACCAGCGAAAACGGCUCAAGACAAAUGGAGAUCAUUCGAACGGAAAUAACUUGUCUGGUGGCAUUGGUCGUGGUGAGAGACUCAAUGCUGCUCAAAGGGAGAGAAUGCGCCUCUUAACAACUGCUGCCUUUGAUCGCGGUAAGGGCGAAGAUACAUUUGGUGCCAAAGAUGAAGAUUGGCAACUUUACAAAUUGAUGAGCAAAGAUAAUGAUGAUGGUGAUGAGGGACCAGAUGAGGACUACACAGAGCUAACUCGCAUCUCUUCAAAGCUACAGGACUUGGAUCCAACAUUUGUGCCCAAGUCAGAAACUGGUAGCUCUCAACCUUCUGAGGCUUCCCGUGUCCGUCCUCUCAGCAAAGAAGAUUUUCAAAUUGUCUUUGGUGUUGAAAGGUUCCGAUGCCCUGAAAUCUUGUUCAAUCCAAACUGGGUAGCAGUUGAUCAAGCAGGGUUAGAUGAGAUGGCUGGGGUCUCAAUAAGAAGGUUAUCAUGCAAGGAUGAAGGCCUAGAAGAGAGACUCACUAACUCCAUACUUUUGACUGGUGGAAGUUCUAUUUUUCCAGGCAUCAUUGAACGCCUUGAAGCUGGAAUUCGGAUGAUUCGACCAUGUGGAUCACCCAUAAAAGUAGUGAGAGCAUUGGAUCCUGUUAUGGAUGCAUGGCGUGGGGCUGCUGCAUAUGCAUCAAUCCCACAAUUCCAUACUCAAACCUUCAGUAGGAUGGAUUAUUUUGAAAAGGGUGAAGACUGGCUCCGCAGUUAUCAACUAAAAUAUUCAUUGUAA